AUGGGAGGAUCUAAGAGAGGAUGGACUACUUGUAAAUUGGCAAGUACUGACAAGAGAGUUAAAGUCAUGAUUCCAAUCGUGAUUCAAAUUUUGAACAUGAAAGUUGUAUUGGAACAUAUUUAUAACUCGCUUUGUUCAUUCCCAAUUGCUAUGGAGGCUUAUCUUCAGCAAGGAGUAAUGACUCGAUUAGAGACCCCAGAAUUCGCUCAAUUAGCCAGUAUUAUUGAUCCAUUUGUUUAUCGUGAUCGUUGGGCUAAUGUUGAAAAAUUUAUUGUGAAUGGCUUGGGAGAUAUUUUCUUCUGGCCUGACAUUGCUCUCUAUUCUUAUCCAUAUUUACCUGGUGGAGAUGAAAAUAAGAGAAUUCGUUACGUUCCUAAUGUUGGUCACAGUAUGGCUGGAAGUGACAUUUGGGAAACCAUUCUCACCUACCUCUAUGCCACGUUAUACAAUUUGAAACUCCCAGUCUACACUUUCGAUCACAUUUACAAUGACAAUGGAGCCAUUGUAACCAUUCGCAUUCUCAACCAUGUCAUGCCUGCUCGAGUCACUUUAUGGCAAUCAACCAAUCCAAAAGCAAGAGAUUUCAGAAUCACUGAAACUGGAAAAUCCUUUACUUCUUCACCUGUUCCAUCGGUCACUUCAGAUGAUCCUUACACAUUUAUGGUAUUCGUGCCAAACCCACCUCAAGGUUGGACUGCUUUUUCAGUGGAGAUGGAAUUUUUAAUGAUUGCAGGAAGCAUUCCAUUGCCACCUAUCAAAUUCACAAGUGCUGGAUAUAUUACUCCUACAACAUUGCCUUGCAAAUAUCCUGGAUCUCAAUAA